CAGUUAUUUUCAAUCAUCUAGUCGUUGAACUUCAAAUUUAUUUGUUUUUUUCCAAUUAUCAUGGCACGUACCAAGCAAACAGCCCGUAAAUCAACCGGUGGCAAAGCCCCGAGAAAGCAGUUGGCCACGAAAGCAGCGCGUAAGAGCGCACCAGCGACCGGCGGAGUGAAGAAACCGCAUCGUUAUCGUCCUGGUACUGUCGCUCUUCGGGAAAUCCGUCGGUACCAGAAGAGUACCGAACUGCUGAUCCGCAAACUGCCUUUCCAACGGUUAGUCCGUGAAAUCGCCCAGGAUUUCAAAACCGAUUUGCGUUUCCAGAGUUCCGCCGUAAUGGCGUUACAGGAAGCCAGUGAAGCGUACUUGGUCGGAUUGUUCGAAGACACCAAUUUGUGUGCUAUCCACGCAAAACGUGUUACCAUCAUGCCGAAGGAUAUUCAACUGGCCCGUCGAAUUCGCGGAGAACGUGCUUAAUUAAUUAUUAUUUGAUAUUACUAUUAUAAUUAUAUUUUUAAAACGGCCCUUUUCAGGGCCACU